AUGCUGCUGCCCGGCUUUGGCGGCGAGCCGACGCGCGUGCCGACGGCGGACCGGCGCGGCGGCGCGAGCAUCGUCGGCCUCAGCCUGCGGGGGUGGGAGGGGCCAGGUGCGUGGCCGUACGUCGCCGGCGACUUCUCUCGCGAGGAUGAGGCGGACGACGCGAUCAAGUACGCCUCGCCCAGCUUUGCGUCGCACGUCGACGCCGCCGCGUCGGCAAGCCUGACGCAGGCGUACUCCGCCUACUUCGGCUCGGUGGCCGCCGGCUCGCCGCUCGCCAUCCUCGACACGGCGGCGUCGUGGACAAGCCACUACCCGCCGCUGCCGGCCGGCACGCGCGUCGCCGUCCACGGGCUCAACGCGCAAGAGCUCGCGGCGAACGGCGCGGCGACGGAGGUCGCAGUCGGCGACCUGAACAAGGACCCGACGCUGCCGUACACCGACGGCGAGUUCGACGUCGUCACCAACGCGGCGAGCAUCGCCUACCUCACCCGGCCGCGAGAGCUCUUUGCAGAGGUGCACCGCGUGCUCAAGCCGGGCGGCCUCGCGCUGGUCUCCUUUUCGAACCGCGUCUUCGCCGAGAAGGCGACCGCGCUGUGGCUGAGCAAGAUCGACGAGGACGUGGCGCUCUGCAGCGUCGUCCGCGCCUUCUUCGCCUUCGGCCCGGCGGGCGGCUGGCGCAACGUGAGCAGCGUCGACCUCAGCCCGCAUCCGACCGAGGGCGACCCCCUCUGGAUGGUCACGGCCGUCAAGGCCUAG